CCGGGCCCCCGGGGAGGCGGGGGAUCGCCGACGGCGGCUCCAGCGCGAGAGUAUGGUGCCAGCGCCCGGGUUGAUCUAGUCCCCGGCUUGCUCCUGGGUGCCUCCUCCUCCUCCUCCUCCUCCUCUUUCUCCUCCUCCUCCUCUUCCUCCUCCCCUCCCCUCCCUCCUGCCGGCGCCGCCUCGGCUUCUCGGCCGCGGUGGUCCCACUCUCCGCUGCGUGACCACUGAACGGAACUUGCCCACCGCAAGCCAGCCCGGAACAGCCGGAGAAUGUCCACUCCGAGCAGAUUCAAGAAGGACAAAGAGAUCAUAGCCGAGUAUGAAAGUCAAGUCAAAGUGGCUUCUCUUCUCUCCUUAGAAAUUCGCGCCCAACUGGUGGAGCAACAGAAAUGCCUGGAGCAGCAGACAGAGAUGCGAGUUCAGCUUCUCCAGGACCUGCAGGAUUUCUUCCGGAAAAAAGCCGAAAUUGAGACCGAAUACUCCCGGAACCUGGAGAAGUUAGCAGAAAGGUUCAUGGCAAAAACGAGAAGCACUAAGGAUCACCAACAGUACAAGAAAGACCAGAACCUGUUGUCUCCAGUGAACUGCUGGUAUCUGCUGCUGAACCAAGUGAGGAGAGAAAGCAAAGACCACGCCACCCUGAGUGACAUCUACCUGAACAAUGUGAUCAUGCGGUUCAUGCAGAUCAGCGAGGAUUCCACCCGGAUGUUUAAAAAGAGCAAAGAGAUUGCAUUCCAACUUCAUGAGGAUUUAAUGAAGGUUCUUAAUGAGCUUUAUACGGUGAUGAAAACGUACCACAUGUAUCACGCAGAGAGCAUCAGUGCAGAGAGCAAGCUGAAAGAGGCAGAGAAACAGGAGGAGAAGCAAAUUGGGAGAUCGGGUGAUCCAGUCUUCCAUAUUCGACUGGAAGAACGACAUCAGCGACGAAGCUCUGUAAAGAAAAUUGAAAAAAUGAAAGAAAAGAGACAAGCAAAGUAUUCAGAAAAUAAGCUGAAAUCGAUUAAGGCACGGAAUGAAUAUCUCCUAACACUUGAAGCCACCAAUGCCUCAGUUUUCAAGUAUUAUAUUCAUGAUCUUUCCGAUUUAAUUGAUUGCUGUGAUCUUGGCUACCACGCAAGUCUGAACAGAGCCCUGAGAACAUACCUCUCUGCGGAGUAUAACCUCGAAACCUCCCGACACGAAGGCUUGGACAUCAUUGAGAACGCAGUUGACAACUUAGAGCCCAGGAGCGAUAAGCAGAGAUUCAUGGAGAUGUACCCUGCUGCAUUCUGUCCACCAGUGAAGUUUGAGUUUCAGUCUCACAUGGGUGAUGAGGUGUGUCAGGUCAGCGCGCAGCAGCCAGUCCAGGCAGAGCUCAUGCUCAGGUACCAGCAGCUGCAGUCCCGACUGGCCACGCUCAAAAUCGAGAAUGAGGAGGUUAAGAAGACGACUGAAGCCACCUUGCAGACGAUACAAGACAUGGUCACCAUCGAGGACUACGAUGUUUCUGAAUGCUUCCAGCACAGUCGCUCCACAGAGUCGGUGAAGUCUACUGUCUCUGAAACCUACCUGAGUAAGCCCAGCAUCGCCAAGAGAAGAGCUAACCAGCAGGAAACCGAGCAGUUCUACUUCAUGAAACUCAGAGAAUAUUUGGAAGGCAGUAAUCUCAUCACAAAGCUCCAGGCCAAACAUGACUUGCUGCAGAGGACCCUUGGAGAAGGUCACAGAGCUGAAUAUAUGACCACAAGGCCUCCCAGUGUUCCCCCUAAGCCCCAGAAACACAGGAAGUCCAGACCCCGCUCACAGUAUAAUGCUAAGUUGUUUAAUGGGGAUUUGGAAGCAUUCGUCAAGGUACUGGCAGCAGCCAUCUGGGUGGCUGAUCUCCACGCUUCUGACCAUAAUGGCCUCCGCCUCUCAGGAUGCGAGGACUCGGGACAGGUGAUCCCCCUCAUUGUGGAGAGCUGCAUUCGGUUCAUCAACCUCUAUGGUCUUCAGCAUCAGGGGAUUUUCAGAGUGUCUGGUUCCCAGGUGGAAGUCAAUGAUAUCAAAAACUCAUUUGAGAGAGGUGAAAAUCCUUUGGCUGAUGACCAGAGUAACCAUGAUAUUAACUCUGUGGCUGGUGUUCUGAAGCUCUACUUCCGUGGGCUGGAAAACCCCCUCUUUCCUAAGGAAAGAUUUAAUGAUCUGAUUUCUUGUAUCAGAAUAGAUAAUCUCUAUGAGAGGGCGCUUCACAUCCGCAAACUCCUCCUGACCCUGCCCAGGUCCGUGCUGAUAGUGAUGAGGUACCUCUUCGCUUUCCUCAAUCAUCUUUCACAGUACAGCGAUGAGAACAUGAUGGAUCCUUACAACCUGGCCAUUUGCUUUGGCCCAACAUUGAUGCCUGUCCCAGAAAUACAGGAUCAGGUGUCUUGCCAGGCUCACGUGAAUGAAAUUGUCAAAACCAUCAUCAUCCACCAUGAGACCAUUUUCCCAGAUGCUAAAGAACUGGAUGGCCCAGUUUAUGAGAAAUGUAUGGCUGGAGAUGACUACUGUGACAGCCCAUACAGUGAGCACGGUACGUUGGAGGAAGUGGACCAGGAUGCUGGUACAGAGCCCCACACCAGCGAAGAUGAGUGUGAGCCAAUAGAAGCAAUAGCCAAGUUUGACUACGUUGGACGAUCUGCCAGAGAGCUGACCUUCAAGAAAGGCGCCUCACUGCUGCUGUACCACCGCGCCUCCGAGGACUGGUGGGAAGGCCGACACAACGGGGUCGACGGGCUUGUGCCCCACCAGUACAUAGUGGUGCAGGAUAUGGAUGAUGCAUUUUCAGACACUCUGAGCCAAAAAGCCGACAGUGAAGCCAGCAGUGGGCCGGUCACCGAGGACAAGUCUUCGUCCAAGGACAUGAGCUCCCCGACGGACCGGCACUCUGACGGCUACUUGGCCAGACAAAGGAAAAGAGGAGAGCCGCCCCCUCCAGGAAGGCGUCCUGGCAGGACCAGUGAUGGCCACUGCCCCCUCCACCCGCCACAUGCUCUUUCCAACUCCUCAGUUGACCUGGGUUCCCCAAGCCUGGCCAGUCACCCCCGGGGCCUGCUGCAGAACCGUGGCCUCAACAACGACAGUCCCGAGAGGAGGCGCCGCCCCGGCCACGGCAGCCUGACCAACAUCAGCCGGCACGACUCCCUCAAGAAGAUCGACAGCCCUCCUAUCAGGAGGUCCACGUCAUCAGGGCAGUACACAAGCUUCAAUGACCACAAGCCCCUGGACCCAGAGACAAUUGCUCAGGACAUCGAAGAGACGAUGAACACCGCUUUGAAUGAGCUCCGAGAACUGGAGCGACAGAGUACAGCAAAGCACGCCCCGGAUGUGGUGCUGGACACCUUGGAACAAGUGAAAAACUCUCCCACGCCAGCCACCUCCACGGAAUCUCUCAGCCCUUUGCACAGCGUUGCCCUCAGGAGCGCAGAGCCUCAGAUCCGACGUAGCACUAGCUCCUCCAGUGACACGAUGAGUACUUUCAAGCCCAUGGUGGCACCCAGAAUGGGCGUGCAGCUGAAGCCCCCAGCCCUUAGGCCAAAACCUGCUGUUCUUCCAAAAACAAAUCCUACCAUAGGACCUGCCCCACCUUCCCAGGGUCCGACAGACAAGUCUUGCACGAUGUGAAAACCAGCUGGGCAAGGUCGGAAGGGGAGGCGAUUUUAAAAAGCAAAUGGAUCAGGGACAAAAGUCCAUGAUGCGUAACUUUGCUUAGUUUUGUGCUUAUGACUGGAGAUCGUUUGGCUUUUCUAUGUUGUCAAAUGUCAUGUCUGAGACUAGCUAAAUUAACACGGGCAUUUGUAUUUUGUAAUUUUUUUUAAAUAACUGGACAAAUCUUACGUCAUUUUAAAGACAAUAGAAACACUUAGACUUACUUGAAAAAAAAAUCCAAUGCUGCACCACUUGUAAUGAAGGCAACACCGCUCUCUGCAUCGUACAGCGCUUCAGACUUAGUGUAGCUCAGGUGAGUCAGAGACGUCUUGGUCCGAAGGCCGGAGAAUCCCAGUUCCAGGUUCUGGAGGGGAUAAUCAGCGCCAGCUUGUGGCCCUCAGGGUAAUGGCUGAGAAGUGGCGAAAGCUGCCAUUGUUUGGCAACUGACUGAACACCUCUGAUUGCACACGGAGCUGGGGCCCGGCUCCUGCUAAAAGCUUGCAGAUGUCACGGUGGCACGUGCCCAGUGCGACCCUAAGCCCAUGGCACGAAUGUGUUGGAUCACUGCCUUUCCUAACAGCCGCUGCCCAGGUCUAGGUUAAAGGCUCAGUGGAAGGGGGUAGAAUCUCUGCAGUUAUUGCUGGAACUGGACCUAGGAAAGGAGUGGGGAAGACACUGGCCCCAAAGCUAUGGACAUUGCUCCAUCCGUAAACACUAUCAAGCCCCAGAGCUUUCCAAGUCCAGCCCUUGCACUUAGAAAGGACUGGAAUAGUUUAAUCUUAAGGAUUUUUCUGGUUACUCAAUGCCACAAACUCCUUCAAGGGUCUGUUGCACAAUAACUGCCUAGCAGAUAUUUCUAAAUCCCUGUGGAAGUGGAGAAGCUGCAGCCGAGUCUCUGGUUCACUCAGUGCUCUGCUCCACGUUCCUUGUUUCCUUUAGACAUGCCACAAGAGCCUGAUGGUGCCAACUUUGAAACCCCAGGGUCCUUGCCCUGUGUCUUGAGCUGGCUGGGGUACUAUACAGAGCCAACCUGGGAAGAUUACCUGUGGGUCCAGGAUGGUUUCCUCCCGAUUUUGUACCUUGGGACCUUGACAUUCUUUCAGUUUUUCUUUGGCAAUGUGGUCUCUGCGUAACUCGCACAGUCAGCUGGGCUCAUUAUUCCUCAGCUGGGACCAUCAUUCUCUGGCAUGCUAGCACAUAGACGAUCUUUCGGUGGCCCGUAUUUGCACUGUAGUUUCCCUUUCUUAAAACGUUUGCUUCCCAUUCAUUUAUCCUUGGCUAAGAUACAAACACCAUUAUCCUACCAGCAGUGGCUGGUAUCAUCUAUAGCCCUAAAAGCAUUUUACUGUUCUAUCAUCAAACUUCCUUGAUGAAGAAACUUAGAAAAAAAUUAAAAAAAAAAAAAAAGGAUGGCUCAGAAUGAACUCCUAUGGACCAUCAUUGAUUUCUUUCUGGUUGGGUUUCAGAUUCGAAGUCUGUUGCCUCCCCAGCCGAGUGGACUUGACUUCAUGAGCCCAUUGGUAACUACAUUGUGCAGAAAGGGAUUAGGCUGUGUACCCAAGACCAUUACUUUCAUAGCUACCUAUUUGCCAGUCUAAUUUUUCUCCUACAGAAAAAUAUUGAGACAUGGUUAUCUUUCAAAGUCAUACCUCCAAGUUCUCAAAACCAUCCUUUUUUACCCACUUUGGGGCCGGGGGUAGAUGGACCAGCUCAGCAUCCUCUCCAACCCUGGAUCAUUUCUCUUGAGCUGUAGUUGUCCUUAUGCACCUUUGUACACCAUGGAUUGCCAGCCAGAAAUGAGCUUUGAACAGCCCUAACUUUUAGAUAAUCCUCCCAAACUCCCUAGGAAGUUUAAAUUUCGCAAGUAACCCCCUAGCUCUUUAAAAUAAUAAAGAUUCUUAAGAAUCAUUUUCCUUCUUUGAUUGCAAAGUGAGAUGUUCAAGUAUCAAAAGAAUAGAAGCAUCUUGCAUUUUUCUCGUGUCUUUUUGAAGCUGUAACUUUAGCAUUUCAGAUCUCGCUACUACCAGCUCAGUUCUUUAGACUCCUCCCUGCAGUCUUUCUACUUGAGCUGGACCAAGGAUUGCCUUCUGCCCCUCACAACAGGGCCCUCUGGGGCCUUGCAUGGCAGAGGGCAUGCUGCUGUAGCCCUCCAGAGCCCCAGAGGCUGUGCCUUCUUUCAGGAAACAGCUCCUAAUACACCCAGCACUCCCUUACUGUACUGUUCUCUAUCUUUUCUCCCUCUACUCCUGUGGUCACCUGGAGGCUUUCUCAUUUCAGUUGCAAGCAAAGGGUGUGGCGUCAGAAUGAGCAAGGACUUAGUAAGGACUUAGCAGUUCUCGUUGCUUUGUUGAGUCAAAGUCUUCAGAUUCCGAGGACAUGACGAGGUGGCCACCACACAAAAGGUCCAGAAUAGCACCCAGCAAAGUUCAGUCAAAGCUGCAGCAGCUCAGAAGCCUCACCGGUUCACAGCCUUUACGGUGGCAGGUGCAGCACCCAGAGGGGUGGUGGAAAGGGAGAUGGAAGAAAGAAUCAGCCCUGGAGAUGUGAUGUGAUGCCCCAGUUUUAGGGUCUUAGCAGUCUUCAUGUGUGGUCUGGGAAGAGGUCAUUUCGAUGAUGGAUAAAUUAUGGUUCUACAAAGAUCACCUGACUGCACUCACACAA